UCCUGUCAAUCCCAGCUGCCAAAGGGCCCCUACAAAUUUUCACUUUCCCACAAUUCUGUUUCAAUUUUUCUCUCGCUCAAAAAAAAAUCAAAAAUUUACCCAAAAUCAAAAAUAUACACUCACACAGACCAUAACAAGACAAGAGACCGAACAUAAAAAAAUAACAAACAACAAAUAACAAAACCCAAACAAAGUAAAACGAGAAGAAAGCCAACUAAAGGAAGGGAAAGCCAGGCAAAGGAGUGAUCAAACGCGGGCUUCAAGAACAGAUCCAAAUCCAAAUUCAGUGCAUUCGAUUCGCAGACCUUUCGGCUGGCAAUUAAAAUUCUUCCCAAGCAUCCGCCAAUCCUAGAUCGUGUAAUACCAACCGAAAAAAGAGGAGCAGCGAGACGUCAGCAGUGGAGAAUCCUUUUAGUGGUACAGAAAAGAAAGGCCAGAGGACUCUCCGCCCCCUCGAGAAAAUUGCACACACCCCAUAUUGCAUCCCAAAGCCUGACCUAUCAAACAUCUCUCAGAUAGCGACGUCCACCGAUGACCGAAAGCCGGAAGUUGGAAACCUAAAGGGAUCAAUAGCCUGGACCGAACCGAGAGCUCUCUGGAGUGAUACACCUCAGUCCCAAGCAGUUUCAAGCGACAUCCUGUCACACAACCCAUGAUCACCAGCUUAGGCGAUUGAUUCUAUAACUCUUUUUUUUGGCCCAAUUGACACCAAAAACAAACAACAAAUUAAGAAAAAAAAAAGAACCACAAACCACUAAUGUAAAUUUUUUUGAAGCCCAAAAGGACGAGUAUAGGCAAAAAAAACCGCAACGCACAAAACCGAGUUUCGAGUUAAAAAAAAAAACCAAAAGAAGUUUAAAUUGAACGCCCCGCAAAAACGUGAAAGACAGUUGCAAGAGCCCGUGAAAAAUCCAAAUAAGAAAUGCAAACGCGACUUUAACCCACAAAUCCACGGACAAACGCUUGCUAAACGCUUUUUCCCCCGGUUCAGCAGAGGUCAGCGAAAGUUUCGACGCGGCAAAAAUAAAAGAAAUUUACCAAAAAAGCCCAACAACACAACAAAAUCGAACCGGCAAGGACAUGAGUCAAUCGUUUAAUUGAGCGCGCGCAAAAUUCAAAAAGUCAUCAUUCCAAACCGACACAUCCGAAACGAACAAGAGUUUAAGCAGGAGUCAACAAGAAGACAAGCCAUCAAAAACACAACCCACAUUGUUAAAGAUCGAUUUCGGAAAGCUACGCAUCGCGUUUUCGAAAGCCACCCAAAAAUUCUAAAGUGUUCGAGCAGCAGUACUUCGGUUUCAGGCAGCCCCAAGCCACUACUCCCCCGCGAGAUAAUAUAAUACAUUAUUGUACAUUAUCCCAACGACUUGACUCGGUGAAUCCCGAAGGUUAACCUCAAAAGCACACUAAUCAAGCGAACGAAGAACGGAAAACAAGAGCUACCGAAAAUGGCAUCCGAACUGGAUCAAUUCGCCGACCUGGAACUCUCAAAGGAGGACCGUGAACAGAUCUUCGAUCCGCCACUGGAUCGACAGCAGUUGGAAGGUGCUGGCACCUCAAGUGUUACGACAUCAAAAAUCUUAAUAAGCGGCAUACCGAUGCAAACACGUUUCGAAGACAUCGAACCGCUACUGAAGCCCUAUGGCAUCGUCAAACAGUGUGAGGCUAUUUCUAGUAAGGAUCAAAAUACUCAAACAGUACAUAUAACAUUCGAAAAUCCUGAGCAGGCGCAAAGAGCUGCCGGUGGUCUGAACGGAGUCGAGUUCGAGGGCAACAAGCUGCAUGCCGAGCAGCUGGACAAGAACCAGCGGCGCAGCCAGCGCAACCAGCGCAAUCCGUAUCCGGGAAUGCCCGGCCCCGGGCGCCAGGCGGACUUCCCGCUGCGCAUCCUGGUGCAGAGCGAGAUGGUGGGCGCCAUCAUUGGCCGCCAGGGCAGCACCAUCAGGACGAUCACACAACAGAGCCGUGCUCGCGUCGACGUCCAUCGCAAGGAGAACGUUGGCUCGCUGGAGAAAUCCAUCACGAUCUAUGGCAAUCCGGAGAAUUGCACCAAUGCCUGCAAGCGCAUCCUUGAGGUGAUGCAGCAGGAGGCCCUCUCCACGAAUAAGGGGGAAAUUUGCCUUAAAAUACUCGCCCACAACAACCUGAUUGGACGGAUCAUUGGCAAGUCGGGCAACACCAUCAAGCGGAUCAUGCAGGACACCGAUACGAAGAUCACCGUCAGCUCGAUCAACGACAUCAACAGCUUCAACUUGGAGCGCAUCAUCACGGUGAAGGGACUGAUCGAGAACAUGUCGCGUGCCGAGAACCAGAUUAGCACCAAACUGCGCCAGAGCUACGAGAACGAUCUGCAGGCGAUGGCGCCGCAGAGCCUCAUGUUCCCCGGUCUCCAUCCCAUGGCAAUGAUGUCGACACCGGGCAACGGCAUGGUCUUCAAUACGAGCAUGCCGUUCCCCUCGUGUCAAAGCUUUGCCAUGUCCAAGACCCCGGCCAGCGUGGUGCCGCCGGUCUUCCCCAAUGACCUGCAGGAGACCACCUAUCUCUAUAUACCGAACAACGCUGUCGGCGCCAUCAUUGGCACCAAGGGCUCGCACAUCCGCAGCAUAAUGCGCUUCUCGAACGCAUCCCUCAAAAUUGCCCCCCUCGACGCCGACAAGCCGCUGGACCAACAAACGGAGCGCAAGGUGACGAUUGUUGGCACACCGGAGGGUCAGUGGAAGGCGCAGUACAUGAUCUUCGAGAAGAUGCGCGAGGAGGGCUUUAUGUGUGGCACGGACGAUGUGCGUCUCACGGUGGAGUUGCUUGUGGCCAGCUCGCAGGUCGGUCGCAUCAUUGGCAAGGGUGGCCAGAAUGUCCGCGAAUUGCAGCGCGUGACGGGCAGUGUGAUCAAGUUGCCGGAGCAUGCCUUGGCACCGCCUUCCGGCGGAGAUGAGGAGACCCCAGUGCACAUUAUUGGACCUUUCUACAGUGUACAGUCUGCACAGCGACGCAUCCGUGCCAUGAUGCUGUCCACAAAUCCGCCGCCAAUAACCAAAAAACAGAAAGCUGCCAAAGAACAAUUGCAACAACAGCAACAGAGCCUAGCCGGAGCCGCGAGCAGCGGGUCCCAGCAGCAGCAGCAGCAACAGCAGCAGCCACUGUCGCCAUCGCAACAGCAGGCGCUGCCGCCGCAAUUGCAUCAUCAGCCCGUUUCGUCGGCGUCGUCAUCGUCGACGCCGCCUGCACACCAUCAGCAGCAGCAGGCGUCGACGGCAGCGACCUCGCACCAGUUGCAGCAGCAGCAGCAGCAGCAGCAGCCAUCGCCGCCACCUGGAAAUGCAUCUGCGGCCGCGGCCCAGCAGCAGCAGCAGCUGGCGAGCUCACAGCAGUAAGGAGGAGGAAUCAGCGAUGAAGGAGAGCCGGCGCCGCAGCAGCAACAGUAGCAGUAGCAACAACUACAGCAGCAGCAAGAACAGCAGCAACAGCAACAGCAACGGCAACAUCAACAACAACUGCAGCAGCGACAGCGCCAACAAUAGCCAAGGCAGGGUUUUCUACUGUUGAUACUACCUCCACAACAACACACCCAACACAAUCUUCAAUCCCCCUUUUCCCCCAACAACAACAACAACAACAACCACCACAACAACAACCACCCAAAAUUUACAACCCUAUAAUUACAAGCUAACCGUAGGCGCCACCUUUGUGCUGGCACAGGCGACGGCAAAAGUAAGCAAACAACCUGGAGCAGUAACAUAAACAAAAUCAUCAAAUACAUAUAUAAAAAGAAAAGAUAUAGGGAAAAGAAUAACUACAUCAAAAAGUGAGCCGCUUGAAGAAGCUCCACUAGUUCAUAGACAGUGUAUUGCAACUCUAACAAGAAGAACAACAUCAGAACAGCAAGAAUAACCAUAACAACAUUCUUCAUUUGCAUACUAAGAAAUAAAGAGAAAACGUUAAAAUAGAAA